AUGAGCUAUCCGGAUUUAGUAGAGCCUUAUUCAGUUUUGACAUCUGAUCUAAAUAAUGAUGCCAACCUUGAUGUGGCUGUGACGGAGUACGGUUCAAAUACUGUUAGUGUUUAUCUUGGUACUGGCAAGGGCACGUUUCAGCCGGUAGUCCACUAUACCACCGGACUCAGUCCUCAGUUUGUUUUGGCGGUUGACUUAAAUCAUGACAACAAUCUUGACUUGGCCGUGGCUAAUGCUGCUGUAAACACUAUAAGCAUUUUUCUCGGUAUGCAGAAUGGUACAUUUCAAGGCAAAGUUGACUAUACCGUACAAAGUUAUCCUUUUUCAAUAGCUGCUUUCGAUAUAAAUCAGGACAACAAUCUUGAUUUGGCUGUGGCAAACUUUGGUCCAGACACAGUUAGUAUUCUUUUAGGCACCGGUAACGGGUCAUUUGUCACGCCGGGGAUUACUUAUGCUGUUAAUGUUGACCCACGAUGCGUUAUUUUUUUUCACGCAAAUAAUGAUAACAUUAUCGACCUGGCUGUGGCAGCUGCUGGUGCGAGUGUGGUUAGCAUUCUACUUGGAAUUAGCGGCGGAUUGUUUACAACCAAAGUGGAUUAUCCUACAGGAGCUACUCCCUGGUCAUUGGUUGCAGCCGAUUUCAAUCAGGAUGGCAAUAUGGAUUUAGCUGUAGCAAAUGAAGGUACUAAUACGAUUAGUAUGCUGUUGGGUACCGGGAAUGGUACGUUUCAAGCCAAAGUGGACUAUACAGUGGGAGCCAACCCAUCUUCGGUCUUUGCGAUUGAUGUAAAUAAGGACACUUUUUUGGAUUUGGCUGUGGCCAAUAUUGGACCAGGUACAGUGACCAUUCUUUUGGGUAUUGGGGACGGAACGUUUCGAGCAAGAGCUGACUAUCCUACGGGAACUUAUCCUUAUUCGAUUUUUGUUGCGGAUAUGAAUAAUGAUAACAAUGUGGAUUUAAUCACAGCUGAUUUUGGUGGCACUGUGACUGUUCUAUUUGGGAACAGUGGCACUUCAUUUGACUUCAAAAUGAGCUAUCCGGAUUUAGUAGAGCCUUAUUCAGUUUUGACAUCUGAUCUAAAUAAUGAUGCCAACCUUGAUGUGGCUGUGACGGAGUACGGUUCAAAUACUGUUAGUGUUUAUCUUGGUACUGGCAAGGGCACGUUUCCGCCGGUGGUCUCUGAGUCUUGCUGA